CUCACAGGGACCCAAACUUGUUUCAGGAAAAGCGCCUGAACAAAUUUUCUCUCUCGCUAGCUAGAACGACACAGGACGGCCGCGUCAGUGCCAAGGAGAAGGCGUAGACUUCCUCCAAACAUUUCCUCCGCCAUCUCCGCUCUCGAGACUCAACGUUUUGGUGGAAUCUUUGUCACGAGAGGAGAGGGGUUUUUUUUACCUGCUAUUUCUUUCACCAAAAACCACCUGGUUGUUUUUUUUCCUUUAGAGGGAUUCCAGCUUUUCCUCAAACAUCUGAACUUGUUUUGCAGACAUGGACUGGGGAACAGAUCUUUGGGACCAGUAUGAUCACAUCGAAAAGCAUACGCAGUCAGGCCACGACCUGGUGGAUCGUUACAUUAAGUUUGUGAGGGAACGGACAGAAAUAGAGCAGAACUACGCCAAACAACUCAGGAGUCUAUCAAGGAAAUAUGCCAAACGAGGGAGCAAGGAAGAGCAAGACUGCAAAUUCAGCAAUCACGCAUCACUUCAGGAGAUCCUGAACGAGCUGAACGAUUACGCUGGCCAACGGGAGCUCAUAGCUGAAAACAUGAUGACCGGCAUCUGUGUGGAACUCACCAAGUACCUUCAAGAUCUAAAACUGGAACGCAAAACACACCUGUCUGAUGCCAAGAAGGCCCAGCAGAAUUUAGAGAUCAGCUUAAAAAACCUAGAAAGUAGUAAGAAGCGCUUUGCUAAGGAGUGGGCAGAGGCAGAAAAAGCCACACAACAAGCAGAGAAAAUAGAGAACGACCUUAAUGCCACCAGGCUUGAUGCAGAGAAAGCCAAGCAACAUGCCCAUGCCCGCACACACACAGCGGAGGAGUGCAGGAACGACUAUGCCGCACAGCUCCAGAAAUACAACAAGGAACAAAACUUCUUCUACUACACAGAGAUACCGCAGAUCUUCAAUAAAAUGCAAGACAUGGAUGAGCGGAGGAUUCGACGGCUGGCGGAGGGAUACUGCCAGUUUGCAGACAUCGAGAAAAAGGUGCUGCCCAUCAUCACCAAGUGUUUAGACGGAAUUUCUACAGCAGGGAAGAAAAUUAAUGAGAAACAGGACUCGAUACUGUUCAUAGAGCAGCACAAGUCUGGUUUUGAGCGACCUGCAGAUAUUGAGUUUGAAGACUACAUCCAAGGAAUCAAACCAGCAACCUCUGACUCCAGUCUCAACCCCCCUAAAGCUCGUGCCAAGCUCUGGCCUUUCAGCAAGAAGAACAAGGCACAUGCUGCAGAAGAUUUCUCUCACCUUCCUCCAGAGCAGAGGAAGAAGAAGCUACAGGCGAAGAUUGACGACAUCACCAAAGAGCUGCAGAAGACACAGGACCAAAGUGACGCACUGGAGAAGAUGAAGGGUGUGUACGAGAAGAAUCCACAGAUGGGAGACCCCUCCAGCCUGGAGCCUCAGAUCUCAGAAACUGCCCAGAACAUUGGCCGCCUGAGGGGGGAGCUUGCCAAAUAUGAGAUGUGGCUGUCAGAAGCAGUGGGAAGAGAGGAGACUUCCAAUGCCAUCAACAAUAAUUCUCAAUAUUGUGUUGUAGCAGCUGAACAGCCUCCGAACAUCUACACAGAGUUCGAUGACGAGUUUGACGACGUAGAAACUCCUGUCGGCCAGUGCACGGCUCUGUACACCUUCGAAGGCAACAGUGAGGGCACCGUUUCCAUUACAGAGGGAGAGAUGUUGACUAUAAUGGAGGAGGAUAAAGGAGAUGGAUGGAUGAGAGUCCUUAGAGCCAGUGGAGAAGAGGGCUAUAUACCUUCAUCCUAUGUCAAACUUGCCCCAUAACACACACACACACACACACACACACACACACACACACACACACACACUUAGAGUUUGUGAUGGGAAACAAGAGCCAAGGGUGAAUACAAAGUCAUCCACGAUAAUUGAAGCUGUUUUCUACAUCUUUUAUCUCAGCCGGUGACGUUUAUAGUGAGAUGAAAGUGAGUGAAGCUUGUUAUCAAUGAUGAUUGCAAUAUCAUACAGUCCCUGUCUCUGUGGCAGGACAGGCUGUCUCUAAACGCAGACUGUCUGAUCUUUAUAGAGUUAAGCUUUUAAAUCCAAACUUUUGAAUGUAUAUCUGAACUUUUUUGUCACAGCGUUAAGUGACUACUCGUGUAACAUAUUCAGCAUAAUAGUAGCCUAAAAGCUGCAUAUCUUUAUAUCCACUCACUUGACUUUCCCACUCAUCUCCAAUAACCUGCUGAACUUCUUUUUGUAAUACCGGCCCUCAUCUAAAACUUCUUGCCUGAUAGGAUAAUGUGAUUUUUUUCUUUUUGUCAUAGUGAUGAUAUGUUUUUUGACUUAUAACUGGAUGAAAACCACUACUCUAUAGGGAGUGCACACAUUCCAAUGUCUCUCAAUGGACUGUCAUGGUAAAGGGUUCACAUUUUUAAAUGUCUGUCUUACAACAAUAGUGAGGUGCCCAUAUGAAUAUUGAAAUAGGUUUUGCUUGCUGUCACCAUUCCUCUUGUUCAUACAGGCCCUGAAGAGAUCCCUUCCUAAUGUGCUUCUAAUGUAAUUCUAAUGUAAUUUCAAUUUUAUACUAAAAAGAGUAAAAAUGGAGGACUGCCUCAUAUUGGCUUCAAAUAAACAUUGGGAUUUAACAACAAACACACACAAAAACAAGGGCUGUGGAUUUCGUCCCUUAUCACUUACAUCAGAGGCACUUUAGGAAAGCAUGUUUUAAAGCCCAGUAUGAACAGGAAGAAUAGUUACAGCAAGCAAAAACUGCUUCAGUGUAUAUACUGUAUGGGAAUGUUUUGUUUCAAGAAGAAAAGAAAAA